AGAGAGCACGUAUCGCGGUGGCUCACGAAAAUUUAUACAAAGCGCGCGUUCGACAAACGAAAGUGACGUAUCAAGUUUUUUUUUCGUCAAGUUUAGUGCAAAGGGUUCGAUUUUGAACGGCUUAGUUUUGUUACUGUGGUUCCCAGUUGAACUGGUCGUUUGCCAAAUUAUUAAGAUUAAAAUAAACGUUUGAAUAUUUUCGUAGCGGACACUAAAGUAUGCCGCUAGCCGACUUCAACAUAGUUUGCUGUGAUUAAUUGGAUUUUGUAUAGGGAUUUCACGAGAUAAAAGGUAACGUGGCGUCGAAUAAAAACUCACGUAAUCUGUAAGUGGAACUGCAGAAGAGCUAAUGAACGUAGAAAUUUACUUGAAAUACAGUGGUAAUUUAAAAUUUAAAAGAAUAACAGAAUAAGUGUUUAUCGCAAAAACAUUGUUCUUGAUGUUUAAUAAGUGAAAUAAAAGAGGAUAAAGUGAAGUGAGUGAAGCACUUACGGAGUUCGAAGUAAAAGUGUCGAAUGUGACAGUUACGGAAGUGAGUGAACACUUUGAACUUUCGAACAGUUUGAAUGUGACAGUUCGGUGCGGGCCUCAGCGUGGUGGUACCGCGGUCGGGUUUGGUGUCAUUGAUGGUGAUUUCAGCGCUGCCACGGAUGUGGAGGAGAGGCCAGGACGGCCAACAGGUCAAUGAUAACGCCGGUAAUCUUCGUGCUCUUCUUGGCACUGGAAUGUUCGACCGUCACCAUUCAUCCGGAACCAGCUGAUGCUGACGAGCACGCUGCAACUAAAAUCAUAAAUGCUGACACACCAGCGAGAAUGGAAGAAAGGACCAAUUUAAAAAUCGAACAGAAAAAAUAUCAAGACGAAAUUUACAAUCCAGAAAACGAUAUUGCAGUCAAACAUUCAAAUUCACAUAGUAAUAGUUUAAAAAGAUCAAAAAAUAAAUAUAUGAGGCAUUUUAAUAUGAAAAACGAGGUGAAAGAUAAAAGAAGAAAUAAAAGAUACGCUGACGAUGAGAACUGCGAAGCUUUUCUUUACGAUGAGAAUGAUAGCAGUCGUAUUAUAAAGCAUCCUCACGCUAGUAACAGCACUACAUACUACAAUAAUUCAAAUUGUGUGACCAUUGUUAGUACCACAGAAGGAAAGAUUAUUAUCUUGACAUUUAUAGAUGUUUUUCACAUAGAAUCACAUCCAGACUGCGCGUACGACUAUUUAGAGAUUCGGGACGGUAAGCACGGAUAUUCCGAUAUUCUGGCCAAGGUGUGCGGCGAAGCCUUCCCCGAACAAAUAAAAACGACUGGCCCAAACGCUUGGUUGAAGUUCCGUUCUGACGACACCAUUGAGUACGAGGGGUUCACCAUAAGCAUCGAUUUUGUGGCUGCUCCAAGUCAUAGCACGCCGGGCGCAUGCUACAAGACAUUGAGAGGGAAAUACGGUGUUAUUGACUUCAAUGACACGAAAGGUCCCUGUCUCGACGGCACCACCAACCAAUACAUAGAUUUUUUGUGGACCAUUGAAACACCACCGAAGACAAAGAUUUACUUAAACUUCACAACUUACACUCUUGCGAGACCAAACGAGUGCGAAUACAAUGUGAUACAAGUGUUCGGGACAGUCGUCGAAAUGGAUAAGAAACUGGCCGCUUACUGUGGCUCCAUGGCGUAUUCGGUGACCACAAAAGAUGAGAACGGCGACCCUGGGAACGUCAUGAAAAUAAGACUUCACCUGUCCAAAGACGGGUACAAUGCAACACAUUUUAACGCGACAUACGUGGCGUUCAAAACACUGGAUCCCAACAAAGAUGACAAAUGCGAUGACGACCAAUUCGACUGCACGGACAACACUUGUAUAUCUCAGGAUCUGAAAUGCGACGAUGUAGCACAUUGCCGACUUAAAACCGACGAAGACAAAGACACAACGUGUAUUCUAACUGCCCAAUCUGUAUUGAACACGCCACAUAUCAUGGUCAUUCUGAUAAUAUUCUCGCUGAUCUUGUCCGGGAUGAGCUUCGUUUUCCUCUUCAAAUGCAUCAGGAAGUUGUACCUCGAACACAAGAUCAUUAAGGAACAUUUGAGACAGUCCUGCGAAGACAGACUCGACACGUUGGUGAGCAGUCGGCUGACGUUAGACGCGAAGCGACUUCAUCAGGACAGUCUCCCGAGAGCCAGCCUCGAGAGGGAGAACCACACCAAUGAGAUGUACAAACAGCAGAGGAGUCAUUCAAAACAUAAGCAAUCCAGUAUAGAUUCCGACUACAUACAAGAAACUCAACUGGACAUAGAAGAGGAACCCUGGAGAAGAGAAGUAGAUAGUGUCCCCGUUGAAAUGGAAAACGUAAGGCUAGAACGAAACGGAAGAACCAGAAGUAGUGAUUUAAGCAGAAAAGAAGAGUACAUUAGGAGUAAGAGAAAAGAGAGCGAAGAUGUUAAGGAGAAGAGGGAGAUAAGAGACGUGUCUGUUGGUGCGCCGGACACGAAGGAGUCCGGCUGUCAGACCAGAGAAAGUCUUUUCCAGUCUGAAGAACCUCCGAGUUCUGAUGGCUCGGGAACAAAUAGCAGAGGAUUCUCGACCUUCGGCUACUCAGGCGGCACGGUGGUCAGGCCUUCGCCCCCAACGAAGACUUCUGAAAUAACAAUAGAACUAACAAAACAGACUCCUAGACAGGAGUCCAUCAAACCGCAAAAGAAAUUACCAGACCGCCGGCCAAUCAGCGCGGAGACCACGCGGUCCGCACCUGACGUCAUCAUAGUCUCCAAGCCGGUUCGCUGAGAACGGCCCCCGCGCCGCGCGACCCCCCCGCGCCGCGCCCCCCUCGCCCCCACCAGGACCGUCUCGUUCGAGGACCACAGCGGCUACUACAGCCAAUACUUCGACGAGGAACCGAAAUUGUUUUGCGACUACUGCUUAAAACCUGAUUACUGUAAGUCGAACACAUUACCAAGGAGCACUGGACCGUACGUGGACUACAAAAGGGUCUAUCCGCGGAAAAGUGUGUGUUUUUAUGACGAUAGACAUGCCGAUACGUUUUUAGUGCACGCGGACGUCGAACCACACAGAUAACGAAUGUUUUAGCGUUGUCAAUUAUAAGGUUAUAUGUAUUACUAAACUUGGCUGUAUAGUAAAGAGAAUUAGGCUUGAUCUAUGUGACGUGACGAUCUAAAUUUGAAAUGUAAAUGAACUAUAUAUUAAAUGAACUAUAUAUGAGUCGUCUAUUAUCAAAGGUGGCAAUCUGUGCAU